AGUUUUUUCACUUACAGAAUGCAAAUGUGGUGAAGGCUCUAACUGUACAUUUAAUGUUUAUGGCGACAAAUUCUGCAUUUGUAAAGAAGGGUACAUACAAGAAAAUGGCAGAUGUGAAAAAUGCAUUUGUGGUGAAGGCUCUACUAACUGUACUGUUAAUCAUUACGGAGAAAAAGUCUGUACUUGUAAAGAAGGGUAUACGCAAGUAAAAGGAAAAUGUGAAAAUUGCAACUGUGGACCAAAUGCUGGUUGUAGAUUCGAUGUAUAUGGUCGCAAGAAAUGUUUCUGUCUAAAAGGAUACAAAUAUGUGGAUGGAAAUUGUCAAGACCUCUGCAGCCCAAAUCCGUGCCUAAAUGGAGGUAAAUGUAAAAUGGUUGAUGGUGAUUAUAACUGCACCUGCGAAUUUCCUAAUUCGGGAAGGAAUUGUGAAAAAGAUUGCAGCUGUGGUCCAAAUGGGAAAUGCUCUUUCGACAUUAAUGGAAAAAAGAUAUGCGAGUGUCAAGAUGGUUUUGCCGAAUCUGAAGGAUUAUGCAAAGAGUGCUACUGUGGACCAAAUACUGGCUGUAGAUUCGGUCAAUUUGGUCACAAGUUAUGUUCCUGUCUAAAAGGAUACAAAUUUGUGGAUGGGGAAUGUAAAGUCACAGGUUGCAGCUGUGGUCCAAAUGGCGAAUGCUCUUUGGCCAUUAAUGGAAAAAAGAUAUGCGAGUGUCGAGAUGGUUUUGCCGAAUUUGAAGGAUUAUGCAAAGAGUGUUCCUGUGGAUCUCAUUCGUUCUGUUUUUUCAACAACGAUGGACAUAAGAGAUGUGUAUGUUUAGAUGGAUACACUUACAAUAAUGGAAAGUGCGAAGAAGGCAAGAAAGAGAAUAUCGUUAUUUCUGUACUUCUUGGAGCUAUAUUGGUUUCGAUCCUUUUCGGAAUCUGCCUUUUUACGUUCAUGUUAUGCAAGAAGAAAUAAACACAACUCUCAUCAGAUGCAUUAGAAAGGAGAGGAAUAUUUGAUUUCAUUCAGUGAUGCUUGUCACAUUCUCAUGAUAUGUCUGAAAGUAUUUUAUAACUGAGCAAAACUUUCAUUUUUUGUGCGCUAAUAUUAAAUAAACUUUGCAGAUGAUGCCUUUCAACAUUUUUUCAA